GUGAUCAGUCAGCGACAGUCCGAGUCACCACCGCCGUGACUCAGUUCGUCCUCUCAAUGCGGAUGCCUAUAAGUUGACCGCAGUCAGGUACUGGCCCGAUAUUACCACCAUCAUGUCCUCGCGCUCUCUCACUGGCACGCCCGUUCUCACUGGCAACGCGUUCACGCGCAGCACUUUCGGCGGCAACCCAGCUGCGGUCGUCCUCCUUCCCGAUGCCGACAACAAGUCUCUCUUCGACAACACUCAGUAUCCCGAAGAGCUGACCCUGGCCUGGACAAGCAACUUUGCGCAGCCGAUGACUGCGUUCAUCGGUAUGUCCGGAAAGUCGGGUCUGGAUGACGGAGAGUACGCGAUCAGGUACAGCACGACGAAGCACGAGCCACCGCUUUGUGGGCACGCGACCCUCGUCGCUGCUGGUGUGCUCUUUGCAUCUCAAAAGCCUAGCGGCGACGAGAAAAUCCCGAGGACAGUUAGGUUCCGGACGCGUACCGAUGUGUUGAUCACUGUGCGGGAGAACCUCAGUGAUGGUGGGGAUCCGUGGUAUGAGAUGGAGAUACCGGCAGGAGAGGUGGAGCCCGUCUCUGACGAGACUCGCACGAAGGUGACGAGCGCGGUGGCAAAAGCUCUCGGGCUGAGCGAAGACAAGGUGCCCGUCAAGGAGAUUUGGGUCGGGGCGGGGCCAAUGGACCAUUUCGGAAUAAUCGUCUUGAAUGACGACGAGAAGCUCGAAGGGCGGGUAGUGGACCCCGAGCCGUUCAAAGCGACGCCGUACGUCAUGAACGUGCUCACGACCGCUACGCCUAGCUCGAACACCGACAAGUUCCAGUCACGCUCGUUUGCACCCAAUGUUGGCAUUCCGGAGGAUCCAGUCUGCGGCGCGGCGCACACGUUGCUUACACCGUACUGGUCGGCGCUGAUGGGCAAUGCUGGGCAGGAGAUGACGGUCAGGCAGGUCAGCUCAAGAGGGGGCGAUCUGAAGGUAACAUGGGAUAGGGAGAGAGGUAUCGUCAAGCUGACAGGUCAGGUGGCACUGACGUCCAGGGGAGAGCUCUUGGGUUGAGUAGGCGUACGAUGAGGACAUGCCUCACGUAAGGGUUCAAACAGAACUAGAAGUCAAUCAUAUUAACACGCUUAUGAAUUUGAAUGGAUGCGAACGAUAAAAUAUGCGAGCAGGAUAAAACCAC